CCGGCUGAUCGCGAUAAAGUAAAUUUUAAGGUGAAGAAUAUCCAAGUAUCUGCUUCGGAUAUGUAGUUUAUGUGAUUUAUUUUAAACAAUUAUACUCUUCUGUUGUAACUCUAGUGUAAGUUUGUUUAGGGUAUCAAAAUGGGUGAUCUAGUGAUUGGAGUAGACUUGGGGACAACAAACUCCUGUGUUGCCAUUUUUAUGAAUAAGAAGCUCAAAAUUUUAGAAUAUAAGUCCGGAGCGCGAAUAAUACCAUCAUUCAUAUGCUUCCAACCAGAUGGAAUUGUCGUCAUUGGAGAGCAUGCAAAAAACAUGGCGGUGCAUGAACCCAAAAAUGGAAUAUAUGAAAUGAAAAGGCUUGUGGGCAGAAAGUUUGAUGAUCUGUUGCUUCAGAAGAGUUUGGAGUACUUUCCCUUUACGGUCUCAGCAGAUUUUUUAAAUAACCCCGUUGUUUCUUUUAAACAGAAAGGUGCUACCGUUAGAAAAACUCCAAAAGAACUAUAUACGAUCCUCCUCAAAGAACUGAAACAUUACACGGAAGAAAAAUUAGGUGAGACUGUUAAGAAAGUUGUGAUCACCGUUCCUGCGUAUUUUAAUGUUACCCAAAGAGAAGCAACUUUAGCUGCUGCUGAAGAUGCUGGGUUCACUGUGUUGAAGCUUCUAAACGAACCAACAGCGGCUGCUUUAACCUAUUAUUACGAUCAAGAUAUUGAGAAAACUCAUCGUUCUUUAGUUUAUGACCUGGGUGGUGGUACCUUCGAUGUUGCUAUACUCGAAAAACGCUUUGAUAACGUAGACGUGGUCUGUGUAGCUGGAGAUACCCAACUGGGAGGACACGACUUAGAUAACUGUAUUUUGGAAUAUGUUUAUCAGCAGUUGAGGGAUAAAUAUGAUUAUGACCCGCAAUGUGAUUCUGACGAUAAGAGAAGAUUGCGUCAUAAGUGUGAAAAAGCUAAAAAGGAACUGUCCGAUGCAAAUGAGGCCGUGAUUACUAUUAACGGAAUGGUUCCUAAUCAUCCUAAGAUUAAAAUCACCUUGAAAAGGAAGGAAUUCGAAAGUAUGGCGGACGAGUUAUUCAAGAGAACAAUUGAUAUAUUAGAUAAUUGCUUAAAGGAUUCUAAAUUUUCUAAAUCAUCAAUUCAGGAAGUCAUUUUGUGCGGUGGUUCCACGCGUAUACCAAAAAUUCAAGAACUGGUUUCUGAUUACUUUGGUGGUAAACAAUUAAACAAGUUUCCAAACCCUGACGAAUGUGUUGCUGAAGGUGCAGCGUUACAAGCAGCUAUGCUAUCUACUAGCAAAAGACAAACAAUUGAAGAACUGAAAAUGGUCGACGUUGUACCUCUCUCUAUAGGUUUCGACAGCUUGUGCGGUAAAAUGAUUUUCACUAUUAAACGGGGCUCUAAAUUACCCGCAAGUGCGUCACACACUUAUGUAAAUUUAGGGGGAAAUGAUACUUCGUUUUCGAUCGGAAUAUAUGAAGGAGAGCGCUUAGAUGUAAGAAAAAAUCGUCGUUUAGGAACAAUAACAAUAAAUAAUGUAACUCCGGCACCUCCUGGUCAGCGAGAAGUUGUGUUUACUUUGGCCAUUGAUUUAAACGGUAUUUUGACCGCUAAGGCUAAAGAAAAAUUAUGCGACAACGUUAAAGAAUUGAAAGUUGAGUAUACCAGAGGUGGUAGAAGUGAUCGCGAAAUUAAGAAUUCAAUUUUGGCUGCCGCUGAAAAUAAAAUUAAUGACGAAAAAUUUGAACAGUUUGUGAAACAUAAACAAUAUUUAAUUAGGUACUGUAUAGCUGUUACUUACAAUUUAGAGGAGCAGAAACUAACGGACGUUUAUGAAGAAAUGUAUACUUUUUGUAAAGAAACGCGAUCGACAGCAGGUAUGUUGGAAAUGGAUGAAGAAAUUCGAGUGAAAGAAUUAAUUCAGAAGUGUAAACGACUUUGUGACAAAGUAGUGCAGUCUCGUCAGUUUCAGUUUAUGCCUCAGGAAGUAUGAAAAUAUACUUAAUCUUUUGUUAAAUUAGGUAGUUUAAAAGUUAUUAACAAACUAAAAAUAAAUAUACCUUGUCGGGUGUAAAAAGCUUCGAUUACUGCCCAUAUUUAUGUGAAGAUGUUUAAAUACACAAUUUUUUUUAUAUCAA